CUCUGGGAGGGGUUAACGUGAAUCAUUGGUAAAUACAAUGGUACGGCUACGUUUGAAAUGGAUAAACUAGCCUGCGGGGAGGACCUAUGUGACACGUGACUGCCAACGAGUGGCAUACGCGGAACCGAAGAGCGCGCGCUCUUUGCGCGAAAGCCGGCGUUUUACCGCGAAAUGCUUAAUGACAUGGGUCACCCGUCACAGCUCCAUUUGAUUCAACGGGAUGUUACGAGCUUCCGAUGCUAUCUGAAGUCACAUAAAUGCAUUUCAAAUCUCCCGCCUAUCCCUGACCAGUACCUUAUUUAAUAUUUCAUCUGGUGAUCCCUGUGGAUUCUGCACAGGCAGACCUCCAUACUACUGCGAUUUUACAGAAAUAUUGUCUUGUCUUCAAACGUUUUUGCGAGUCCGUGCGCUGAGAAUCGGGUCACACUGCCAUCCGGUCCGCUUCCUGUUUCCGGGACACGAACUGCUUUGGUGAGUGGGGCCAUAAACAAAGACCGAUCCGGCGACCCUUCAGCAGAGAUCAGCACAACCCCCCGCUGGAGCGAUGGACACCGGACUCAGCCAGGAUAAGAUUGCCUCCUUCACCAAGCGCUUGAAGGCAGAACCGCGCUACCUGCUGGCCCAGAAUGUCUCUACCUGCAUCGACCCUCUGGAGGUUUGCUUGCACCGGCAGACGGUCCAGGACACUGUGCACAUCUUCCAGCACAGCAUUCCAAUGGAGGGCAAGCCCAUCACCAACCAGAAAAGCUCUGGACGAUGCUGGAUCUUCUCCUGCCUCAAUGUGAUGCGCCUGCCCUUCAUGAAGAAGUUCAACAUCGAGGAGUUUGAGUUCAGUCAGUCCUACCUCUUCUUCUGGGAUAAGGUGGAGCGCUGCUAUUAUUUCUUGCACGCCUUUGUGGAGACGGCCCUUCGGAAUGAGCCAGUGGACGGGCGACUGGUGCAGUUCCUGCUGUCUAACCCCACAAAUGAUGGGGGACAGUGGGAUAUGCUGGUCAACCUCAUCGAGAAGUAUGGAGUUAUUCCAAAGAAAUGCUUCCCGGAGUCUCACAGCUCGGAGGCAUCGCGGAGGAUGAAUGACAUCCUCAAUCACAAGCUCCGGGAGUACUGUCUGAGGUUGAGGGACAUGGUGGCCAACAGCUACACCAAAGCAGACCUGUCUGAAGCUAUGGACACCAUGAUUGAGGAGGUGUUCCGUAUAGUCAGUGUCUGCCUGGGCAGCCCGCCUGACACCAUCUGUUGGGAAUUCCGGGAUAAGGAGAAGAACUUCCACCGCAUCGGCCCACUGACACCCCAGGAGUUCUACAGGGAGCACGUCAAGCCAGUCUACAACAUCCAAGACAAGGUGUGCCUGGUGAAUGACCCACGGCCCACAAGUCCCUAUUCGAAGAUGUACACAGUGGAGUUUUUGGGUAACAUGGUGGGUGGGAGGAAGACAUUAUAUAACAACCAGUCCAUCCAGUUGCUGAAGGAUGCUGCAGCAGAAUCCAUUAAGGCUGGAGAGGCGGUGUGGUUCGGCUGUGACGUGGGGAAGCACUUCCACGGGAAACUGGGCAUCAAUGACAUGAAUGUGUUCAACCACGAGCUAGUGUUUGGAGUCUCUGUGAAGAACCUGUCCAAGGCUGAGAGACUGAUCUAUGGUGACUCGCUCAUGACCCAUGCCAUGAUCCUCACUGCUGUCACUGACAAGGAAGGGAAGGAGGGAACGUUUGAGAAAUGGCGUGCUGAAAACUCCUGGGGAGACGAUCGCGGAAAUAAAGGUUAUCUCAUCAUGACAGACGACUGGUUCUCAGAGUACGUCUACGAAGUUGUGGUGGACAAGAAGUUUGUUAUCUCCGAGACGCUGGAAGUGAUGAAGCAGGAUCCCAUUGUUCUUCCUGCCUGGGACCCAAUGGGAGCACUCGCCUAAUGAAAAAAUGAAAAUUUAAAUGGGGAGGGGUUGCCCCCUCCACCACCUCCGUCCCACUUCUCUCAUCCGUCCAAAGACUCCCACACCAUGGACUUCUCAAGACAAAGGACGCCUUUUUUUAAGAAAAGCCAACAAUACAUUUUAGUUCUUUCCUCUUUCAUGCCUUCUCUCUCGCUCUCUCUCUUGCUCUCCUCAGUAAUGGUUUCCAGUUCAGUGAACCAUAGGUUUUUAUUUGAAAAUUUUUAAAAUCUUCUUAGGUUGUAAGUUUUAUCAGACCCAGUUUCCUACCCCAGGGAAGUGCAUCCCAGCUUUCUCUUUCAGUAUAUUUGUUAAGGUCUAACAGAAGAUCACCUGACUCAGCGAAAAGUCUGAUGGUCAGUUGGCUCGGACAGGUCUACCGGCACAAAGCAGUGUAAGUGACAGAUGGGCGUCGCACUGAAAUCCAGAGGGCAUUGGGGCUAGCGGUCAGCUUUCCCCAUGUGUACUGUACUUGCCUCCUGCCUACACUGCCCCCCUAUGGUGUAAUAGGGUCUUGGUGCUCCUGUGUGUUGCUGGAUUACUUAGCACCUGUACUUUUGAGGCUUGCAGAAUUGCCCAGGCUGUUCCUUCACACUCCUAGUUCAGCUUUGGCUUUAUAUUAUAUUUCAUUAGUCUUCCUCUAUUUAAAAAAAUACUGAAGUAUUAGGCGGAUCACAUCUCUUCUGGUGCUGGUAUUCAUGUUGUGAUUGGAAGUUCUCUACAAAUGCUUCUAAUGGGUCUUGGAAUAUGCCCAGUUGGCCUUGAAGUUUUGCCAAGGUUAUGGGCUGCCAAAUGGGCUAGUGAUUAAAAAUAAAUUCAUGGGAUGGAUUAUAACAAGCACAGCAUUGCUCCAGUGUAGAAUUUCCAUCCUCAAUUCCGGAACUUGGGUUUCUUAUAUUUCUAACGGGAAACAUUCUGUAUGCAAAUUUAGCUGAACUGGUGCAUACUUGGUGGUGCACGUGUAUAGACCGUGUGGAAGGGUGGAUGCCACGGAGGCCGGCGUCUGCGGGAAGCAUUUAAACGAGGAGAGCUCUUCUCCUGAUGGGAAAGUCUAAUUAAACUGCAAGACUCUUCCCCUGACAGUACAGCACCAAGACAAGUCCCCAACAAUUUUCAAAUGAGAUGAUCACGUAUCAGAUAAAAUGGUUCUGUUAUUUCCCUGUAUCAUUUGCUGUUUUUAUUGCUUGGUGUGUUUUCCUUGCUUGAAUGUGCUCUGAAUGGUCAGUGUCUUUAACAAAGAAUCAGGAUCUCAGUUGUUGCAUUUAGUUACCCCUCUGAAACUGUGAUGAAUGAUGUAUUCAGAGGGAUACAAGACAGGAGCGGCUGCCUAACAUUGUAUCUCCAAAGCUGGUACGUCCUCUUCAUCCACUACAGCAGGGUCUAUAGGAGGCAGAUACUAUAUUUUUCCUAAAUCUGAAAAAUUAACCUGAGCUGGGUCUGGUGGUACAAAGAUUGAGCGGCUGAUGGGAAUGAAGGUUAUCGGCAGUGUGUGGCUUGCCUUGUGCAGUGGAAUCAACCAGCUCUGGACCAUAAAGUUCACUGGAAUACAAGAAUGGCUGUACGCUCAUCGUAUAUCUUUGUGUAUGGUGACAUCAGAGAAAUGACAGCAGGAAUUUUUUUUUAUCUCCAUCUGUCUAUAUAUGUGUGGGUCAUGUUUUGGCAUUGCUUCUAAAUUCGAGAGUGGUAUGAGUCAGGAACAAGUGAUAAUUUAUGUUCAGAGGACACAACAUUGGCUUGUGGUUUCAUGUCAUCCAGAUCAGACAGGAGCCACUUAAAUUACCCUCACAUGAUUAUGGCGACCCAAGUGGUGCACUGCUCUAAGUUUGUCUCAUCACUCGAUGCAGCCUGUAGCGUCAGUCAAAGUGAAUGUAACAGCACACAGUGUGCGAUGAGGGGAAGCCCCAGUGUGGACUGGUCCUGGGCUUCUCCCUCGAUAUCAGUUCUGAUGCAGGAAGCAAUAUUUUUUAAAGGAAAUUGUACGUCAACUGCCCCAAAUUCUUUUUAGAGUGAAUCUAUCCUUUUCCUGCUUCAUGGGAACAUCAGAAAUGUAAAAGGAUGGAACUUACCAUUUUGUAGUUGCUUGAAGACCCAUAGGGACUGCAGUGCAUUACUCAUCACAAACGUGGGGGCUUAUUGGUGCGCCCAUGAGGAUGGGAAAGAGAGAGGGGCCAAUGGUGGGGGCAGAAAUGCCUCCAACAGAGUGUGUAAGCAUACGGAGAGGAGUACCAGCAGCAGCUUAUGGCUCAUACAUAAAGUACUCAUAGAGCCAUGUGCCUUUUCUACACAUUCAGGUAAUGACAGGUGGGGUUAAUUGAUCAAAAGCAAAAGGCUCAUAGGAUGCGGUGACGUAUUUGUUAUUGGGGGACAUGAUUGACGUUUUUAUCUAUUCCUAAAGUCUAAACUGGGUCAUAGUUUUAAGAUGAAACACUCUGUAUUACAUUACUGCAGACCACCAAUACAACAGUAUACAGAUCUUUAUGUACUUGGAUUAGAUUAUUGAUUAUUAUGAUGAUUAUUAAAUAUUAUCCAUGUUCCAAUCAGUUAUCCUGGGCACAGUGGGUGGAGAUUUUAGUUAAUUCCAUUUAUAAUAUCCAAUAAAAAAAAUCUUAACUUUCUGUAUGGUUAUUCUAUGAAGAAUAAAAGCAAAAAUAUGUUCAUUCCUAA